AUAAUCUAAAUCUAAAGCUAAAAUACAACAUAAUGUAAUUAAGUUUGCUAUUAUAAUAUUUAAAGCAUACGUCCAAGCAGUUAAAAUCUUUCUGGUUAAAAACUUUCAGACGAGCGAUAACUAAAAUUAACAGCGAAGCGGAGCUCAGGGCCCAAAUGAAACCAUUCAGUUUUACAAAAAGGGAAGAAAAUGGAAGCGGUGUCUGUGACAGGGCGGUUCAGGCUAUGCCAAAAUACAAGAAGAAAAAGAAAUUCAGGGCUCGACCAGUACCAAAGGAUUUAUUCUCAAAUUAUUUUUAUGAUAAAAUUAAAGAGGAUAAUUUUUUUCGAUCUAUGAAUCGUCGUAUAAGAGCUGAAGAAAUGUUGCGCAAUGCCAGUUUUCCUGGCAGUAUGGCCCUGCGAGAACGGAGUAGAUUGUCUACUCCAGCUGCCCAUAGUGAUCUACCCAUCGAUCCAUCACCAGGACCAGGUGUUGCUUCAGUAUCUUCAGGUGAUCUCAGAUCAGCAAGUCCAACAAAAGGUCCUCGAAAAUUGAAAAAGAACUUCAUCACAACUAGUCCACAACCAUUUCGAUUCAACACAGCUAGUAGGGCAGAUAAAAAGAUGAAAGACAUAGAAAGAAUAUAUCGAGACAAGUCUGACAGCACAAGUCAGCAGUGUGUAUCUGAGCCGGCAAAGGCAUAUUCAGCGUUGGAUUUGAAUUCUGCAGCAGUCGGUAGAUCUAAUUUAGCAGCGUUAUUGCGAGCUCAGGCUGUACGAAGGAAAUUUGAUAUAGAAGCCGCUCAACGAAUGUCUGAACAACGAAGGAAACAUGAAUCGAAAUACAGGGAUCGGUUGUUGAGGACUAAGCCAGCUUGGCAUCUUGUGAAAAAUAACCACGAAGAGGAUAUAGCAAUAAGAUUGCAAACUCGUAGAGAUGAAGAACGUCUUCGAAGGGAGGAGUUUCUGCAUGAAAUGGAAUUAAUGUAUGGUCGAGUACGACAACAGCCCAUGCUUUUUGAGAGAUAUUAUGCACCUCGACCUCCGAAUACACCAAUUGAUUUCACCCAGCUAUCACCAAGGAAGAGUCCAAAAAAGAAAAAUCUACGAAAGAAGAGCUCUUGUAGAUCAUCCGAUACUGAAGAUAAUCUUAUGAAGUAUUUAGAGAAAAUUGAUAAUAAAGUUUUCGAGGGCUCUGAUGGUACCUAUGUGCAGUUCUGA